UCACAGUAAUGACGUGCACAUAGUCAUUUAUAGAUAAGAAGAGCAAACUGUGUCCUUUCAUAUUUUCUGUUGGAAACAGUAUUCAGAGCGGUAGUUCAGCGUAAACAGAAAUGAUCAGGUAUAUGUCUUUUAAAAGUACACUUGUAUUUAUUUGCAUACUUGUGCAUCUGCACUGGAGCCAUCAACUGUAUGGCAAAACAAGUGAGGAGUACAAAAACAAAGAAGUGUAUGAUCAUACCACCACAGCAGUGCCAGAAAAACUAAAAGAUGGAGUCGAUGAAGUAUAUUUUGUUAACAGUAAGAUUAAUAUCCUACCAAAAGGAGCCUUUUCUAAAAACCCUCAAGUCAAAAGAAUCGAAUUUAUAGGUACCCCAACCCAAACUGUAGAGGUCGGAGCCUUUGAGGGUUUACAUGAUAUCACAAUCAUUGAGAUAUCUGGCACCCAAGUGACGUCAUUACCUGUUGCCGUUUUUAAAGAUCUCAUCAACCUCAAUAAACUUACUUUGAAAAGUAACAAAAUUCAGAGCCUGGAAAAGGGGUUAUUUGAUGAUUUACAGAAUCUUGAAUAUUUGGGCCUAAAUAUGAAUGAGAUCACCUCUAUUGAUGAGGGAACAUUCGACAAUUUGGACAAUCUUAAAACUCUUCAUCUUGGAAAGAACAGCCUUACUUCCGUAUCAACAUCUCUUUUAGCAAAUCUUAAAAAACUGCAGAUUUUCAGAAUCUAUGAGAACCAGCUUAACACUAUGCCCGAUGGGAUUUUUGAUGACUUCCUGAAUUUGACAGAAGUAGCUUUGAAUGGCAACAAAAUCUCAUCUAUACAACAAAAUUUGUUUCCACACAAAAGUCAAUUAUUAAAAUUGUAUUUGAACAGUAAUCUUUUAACGGAACUUCCAGAAGAGCUGUUUGUUGGUUUCUCUGGACUGAAGACUCUAACUCUGCAUAGCAAUCAGCUCACCAGUCUCCCGACCGUCCUCUUCGGAGAAAUGCCCAAACUGACUGAUUUGAAUCUCAGACAGAAUAAUCUCUCUUCAAUACCACCUGGAGUUUUCAGUCCCCUUAAGAAGCUGAAGAAGUUAGACCUCUCCUCAAACCACUUCUUGAAUUUAUCGGGGGACUUUUUCGAAGGUCUCGAGAAGUUGUCUGAUCUUAAUCUUCAAAACAACAUGAUACAAUCAGUGAAAACGGAGGACUUUGAAAAAAUUAAGUCUCUUUUAAGCCUCAAACUGGACAAUAAUAAUCUCAGAAUCCUUCCUGAGGAUGUUUUUAGCAACCUUCCAAACAUAAGUAAAGUUUACCUAGACAAUAAUCCAUGGCACUGUGACUGUAACCUGUUGCCAUUUUAUGAAUGGAUGGUAAACAACAAGGAAAAGAUCAAAUCGAAAACUCCAGAACUUUGUGAGUCGCCUAUAGAGCUGCAUAAUCGAGCUCUCUUACUGCUAAUAGAAGAUGAAUUGAUAUGCCGCACAACAACCCCAUACUUUGCCACCACCAUGCCCACUACAACUCUUAACAACAGCGCUACCGACAACAACAACAGUUUUAACAACAGUGGCACCUACAACAAUUUUAACAACAACAGCACCACUGACUACAACAUCAGUCUUAACAACAGUGGCACCAACAACAAUGUUAACAACAACAGCACAACUGACUAAAACAACAUCCACUGCAGAACCGCCAACUACAACAACAGUCUUAACAACAACAACUCCACCACCAGCUACAACAACAAUCUUAACAACAACAACUCCACCACCAGCUACAACAACAGUCUUAACAACUACACCACCAACUGGGACAACAGUGUUAACAACAACCAUAGCACCACCAACUACAACCUCUAUGUUACAGACAACAGCUACACCAACAUCAACAGAAAUUACAACAACGAAACCACAGACGACUAAACAAACAUACAGUCGUCACCACCAUACCAAGUACUCUACUCACGACUUCACUACCGACCACAACUACAUCAGCCCCCACCACUACAAUACAACCACCAACAACUUUUCUGUCAUCCACGUUGAUUCCAACUACAACAUCAUCACAAAUAACAAUCGCCACAACUUCUGUGACUACAACUAUAUUAAUUCCUACCAUGACAGCAAGCACGAUUAAAAAAACAACAACACUUUUCCCCACAACAUGUAACAGUUUAACCUGCACCGGCUCCCAGCAAUCGUCUUUCUCAAGAGCCACACCCACCCGCAGGUUCUCAUCAUGUGAGACACUCAUGAUAUAUUACUCUACAUUGCUGGUUAUAGAAAUCUGCUGUACCGCAGUGCUGGCCAAGUUGACAUAUUCACUACACUGCUCUCUCCAGCAUAGAGAACCACAUCACAACCAGGUAAACUUGACCCAUUUUUCCUAUAGAAAAUCCAUUGUACUAAAACCAGUCGUUGAGACAGAGACCAUCGCUCUAUGAGGAAUUAGAGGAGAUUACUUGCAUCAUUCCUUCUGCCCUUUCUUAUAAAAAUGCUUGGCAUAUGGAAGUUUCUUCACUUUUUUUGACCUGAUGAAUGAGGAUCACCACAAGAUGGUAAACUGGACUGCAAGGGUAUAGAGAAUCCAUGCUUUCAAUUGCCCAUAUCAGUUUUAAAGCUCAGCUUGCCUUCCUUGCCCUAGUCAUCUGGUCUGUAAAUAAACCGUGCCUGGUGGUACCAUUUCACAGAGAUACCACUCUGACGUUACGGAUCCACAGCAAUGGAAGAAGUUUAAUAACUCUGGCUGAUAAUACAGAGUCUGAUGCUGAAAUUACAGGCACUUGUGUGUGGACUUUACUAUUUCAUUACAGUAUAUAGAUUUUUAUAUAAUAUAUCAUUUAUUCUCAAAUUCUUCUUUAAAGUGUGAAUUUUGAAUUCUCAUGACUGAUUUAAUCCAUGGAACGGAUGUUUUUCCUAAUUUGUAAUUUGUUGGAUAAAAGAAUCUGCUAAAUAGUAAAUGUGAUAAGAUGGUAA